ACAGCGAGGAGGAAGAGAGAUACAGAGAACACCUCCAAAAACACCGAUCAAGGACGAAUCAAGCUGCGGAUCUGCGCUCUGCUGUUUUCUUUUAAUCACUACAGUGUUCUGUUUCUCUCCAGUGAAACACGCGGACCUUCAGAAGCAGAGGGAGGAGGUGGAAUGAGAAACAAAUGAGAAACGCGCAGCUCAGCGCCCCAACUAUGGCUCCAACGACGCUCGUCGUGAAGCUCGCCCAGUCCGCUUCACAGGAGCGGACUGUAGUGCAGGAUGAGAGGUCUGCUGCGCUCCAUCGAGUGUGAGACCAGAAAGAAAUAUCACCUGACCGGCGGCCCUCCCCUCGGGGGACAGAAACAGACACCCUCGCACCUCUCAACCUGGAAACUGGAGGCUGGAAACGGUUCAGAUCUGCCGUGCGUACAGUGCGCCUCCUUUCCAGAACUCUCGUCCUCUCACUUUCUCCUGGAGAUCCAGCAGAAGCCUGCGUCUCUCUGACCAACUUGGGAAAACUUUGGCCCACGGAUUACCGCCGCUGAACCUACCAGUGUUCAGUCUCCAUGCGGAGAGCGCAGUGAGCAUCGUGCGCUCGGCUGCGGGGAAGGGAAACGCAGCCUCGGUGCGAAAUUAUUAAAAGUCCUGCAAAGUCUCUCAAAGCCACCGCAGCAAAGAUGCCGGUUCGGAGGGGCCAUGUGGCUCCGCAGAACACCUUCCUGGAUACCAUCAUCAGGAAAUUCGACAGUCAGAGUCGUAAGUUUGUCAUCGCCAAUGCAAGAGUGGAGAACUGUGCCAUCAUCUUCUGCAACGAUGGCUUCUGCCACAUGUGUGGUUACUCGCGUGCUGAGAUCAUGCAGAAGCCGUGCACGUGCAACUUCCUGUACGGACCAGACACCAAACGACUGGCUAUUGCCCAGAUGGCACAGGCCCUGCUGGGGUCGGAGGAGAGGAAGGUGGAGAUCGACCUUUACCGGAAAGACGGUCAGUGCAUCCUGUGUAUGGUGGAUGUGGUGCCAGUGAAGAACGAAGAUGGUGUGGUGAUCAUGUUCAUCCUCAACUUUGAGGUCAUGUCAGAGGAAACAUUUGAAGACCACAAACAGGAGCUUAACCAUCGCCUGCCCACCUGGCUUGUCACCGGUCGUCCACGAGGCUUCAAGCUGCGUCUUCCCCUGCUGCGCUCCCUGUCCAACAGUAAAGUGUCUCUGGACGACGCAGAAGCCGGUCAGAUCCCCACCGCUACACCUCUGCCGCUGCACCCAGACCACCAAAGUCGGGAGUCCUUAGGACUGGGGGAGUUCCUGCCACUUCCCCCCAUACCACCAGACCACCAAGAGCAAAUCAGUGGAAGCAGGUCAGCUCUACAGAGUUGGCCAGAAGACCGCCAGGAGGACCAGCGCACCUUACUGCGCUCUGGGCCUCCUGUACCCCCUCCUCCACCUCCACCUCCUCCGCACGGAGCCCACCUGGUGGGUCCCCUCACGCAGUCAUCACCCUGUGUAGCGCCCCACCACCGCCUCAGCCUCAACCCGGACGCCUCGGGCUCCAACUGCUCCUUGUCACACAGCCGCUCACGAGAAAGCUUCCACAGCAUGCGUCGUGCGUCGUCUGUCGAUGAGAUUGAGGCCAUGAGGCCGGACUGGGACAGAAAGAACCGGAGAGCAAGUAUCCGGCCGGGGAGCAGCAGCACCGGUGCAGUAAACAGUAAAUCCAACAUACUGAACUCCACGUCAGACUCAGACCUCAUGCGGUACCGAACCAUCUCCAAAAUCCCUCAGAUCACCCUCAACUUUGUGGAUUUCAAACCUGACCCGCUCAUCGCCCUGCCCACAGGGGAGAUGGACAUCAUUGCUCCCUGCAAACUCAUUGACCGGACACACAAUGUCACAGAGAAAGUCACACAGGUCCUGUCUCUGGGUGCAGAUGUGUUGCCAGAGUACAAGCUCCAAGCUCCUCGCAUCCACAAGUGGACAGUGUUGCACUACAGCCCCUUCAAGGCAGUGUGGGACUGGCUGAUCCUUCUGCUGGUCAUCUACACCGCCAUCCUGACACCCUACUCAGCUGCAUUCCUCCUCAAUGACCAGGAAGAUGUAGCUAUGCAGAGUUGCGGUUACUCCUGCUCUCCUCUCAACGUGGUGGACCUCAUUGUGGAUAUCAUGUUCAUUAUCGACAUCCUUAUCAACUUCAGGACGACGUAUGUGAACUCUAACGAUGAAGUGGUGAGUCACCCGGUGCGUAUCGCUGUCCACUACUUCAAAGGCUGGUUCCUCAUCGACAUGGUGGCUGCUAUCCCCUUUGACCUGCUCAUCUAUCGCAAUGGAGAGGAGACCACCACUCUGAUUGGUCUGCUGAAAACUGCUCGUCUCCUGCGAUUGGUCCGUGUAGCCAGAAAGCUGGAUCGCUACUCGGAGUACGGCGCAGCUGUCCUUUUCCUCCUCAUGUGCACCUUCGCCCUCAUCGCUCACUGGCUGGCCUGCAUCUGGUAUGCCAUUGGUAGUGUAGAGAGAAAUGGUUCAAUUGGCUGGCUCCACACACUGGGGGACCAGUUGGGAAAACACUUCAAUGACUCCAUUCCAGGUUCAGGACCCUCCAUCAAAGACAAGUACGUCACAGCUCUGUACUUCACAUUCAGCAGUCUGACCAGUGUGGGUUUUGGAAAUGUUUCCCCAAACACCAACUCUGAGAAGAUCUUCUCCAUCUGUGUCAUGCUCAUAGGAUCCCUGAUGUACGCCAGCAUCUUUGGGAAUGUGUCAGCCAUCAUCCAGCGGCUGUAUUCAGGGACGGCCCGCUACCACACCCAGAUGCUGAGAGUCAGGGAGUUCAUCCGUUUCCACCAGAUCCCCAAUCCGCUCAGGCAGAGGCUGGAGGAGUACUUUCAGCAUGCCUGGUCCUACACCAAUGGCAUUGACAUGAACGCUGUGCUGAAAGGUUUCCCUGAGUGUCUCCAGGCAGAUAUCUGCCUCCAUCUGAACCGGACAUUGCUGCAGAACUGCAAGGCUUUUAAAGGCUCCACCAAAGGCUGCCUCAGGGCGUUGGCCAUGAAGUUCAAGACCACCCACGCACCCCCAGGUGACACGCUGGUCCACGCCGGGGACGUCCUCACAGCCCUCUACUUUAUAUCCAGGGGAUCCAUAGAGAUACUGAGAGGAGACGUGGUGGUAGCCAUCUUAGGGAAGAAUGACAUCUUCGGCGAGCCUAUCAACCUGUAUGCCCGCCCGGGUAAAUCCAACGCUGAUGUUAGAGCUCUAACCUACUGCGACCUGCAUAAAAUCUUCAGAGAGGAUGUUCUGGAGGUGUUGGAUAUGUAUCCUGAGUUUGCAGACCAUUUCUGGAACAACCUGGAGAUCACCUUCAACCUCCGAGAUACCAACAUGAUUCCAGGCUCUCCAAGCAGUGACGACUCCAACUGUGGGGGAUUCAACAAAUUGCGGAGACGCAAGUUAUCAUUCCGACGACGUACAGAAAAAGAUGAUGCAGAUGCUGGAGAAAUUAAAAAGUCCCAUAAGUCUGUGAGGCGAAGACAGAGGGAGGCAGCUAACAACCAGAAACAAGAGGAGGCACCUAAGAGGCAGUGGGAGGCACAUCGAAGCUCAGUGUCCUCUCACUCCAGUGGUGAUGAGGGGGAGGAGUCAGUUGUGACAGGCCUCGCCCCUCCUCCUGUUAUGCUGGGUAACCCACAGGCUCAGGCCACACCCAUGAACUUUAAUGAGAACACUGAGGGUGAUGGAGACCCCAAGACUGGGAACACCUGCAACGCCCUGUCAGGUGCAUUCUCAGGUGUGUCUAACAUCUUUAGUUUCUGGGGAGAGAGUCGGGGGGGUGGUCAGUACCAGGAGGUUCCCAGCUGCAGCCUGGCCUCCCCGCCACCCCUCAACACACCGCUACACAGCUUGAGCCGCCAGCAACGCAACCAGCUGGACACACGCCUGGACCUGCUGCAGAAACAGCUCAACAGGUUGGAGAGUCGCAUGUCGACAGACAUCGGAGCGAUCAUGCAGCUGCUGCAGAGACAGAUGGCUCUGGUUCCUCCUGCCUACAGCGCCGUCUCCACACCACCUCAGGCCUCACCUUACCCUGGUCCUGGUCCUGGACCAGGUCCAGGAGAGAGGCUGGUUCAGCCUGGUAUACCUCUGGAGACAGACACCCUGGCUUCUUUAUCACAGAUCUUGGAUUCCCAGGACUUUGAGGAGUUCCCAGCCAAGCCUCUUGAGUCUCUGCCGACACAGGACACUUCUCUGAUUAACACCAGCCAGGGCCAGCUCGCCCCCUCUAGACUGGACAGCCUGGGGCAGCAUCUGGAGCUGGAGCUGGGACUGGGGAGUGGGGCUGGGGUUGUUUCAGGGUCAGUAGCAGGUUCAGGUUCAGGUUUAGGGAUGGAGUUAGCGAGUGGGGCAGCAGUAGGCUCAAGCUUAGGAGCAGGAUUAGACUUUGGUUCAGAGGUGUGUAUUGUGGCUGGGGUUGGGCCAGCGGCUGGAUCAGGAGCAUCUCCCCUGGAUCCUGAAACCCAAAGGAGGUUGUCCCUCCAAGAACCACAAACACCUCUGGACUCACGGACACCACAGAGACACAGCUCCGACCCAGGGGGGAGCUAAGGAAGAGGUGAAAUGGGAGGAGAGCGGGAUGGAGGGAGGGAUACAGAGAGAGAAUGAAUGAGUGUGAUGUUUUAUUCUGCAGUUCCUGAUGUUUCCACUGGUCCAUCGUGGCACCUUGGAGAUCAGGAAGCACCUACUGUUCAUCCACCAGAACCCUUUAGUGCACCCAGCUACUGUAUCUUCACCAUCGGUCAUGGAAAGGGUUGAUGCCUCUCUCUUUUACUCCCUCCACCCCCUACCCCACCCCUCCCAUGAAACAUCUGGAGCUUUCUGAACUCCACAAUACAACCUUUAACCAAAACCACAAACAGAGCAGAGAAGAGCUCUGCCUCUUAAUGAACACUGUCCAGGUCAACCCAGAUCGAUCUGGUCUGAACGUCUCAGUCAUCCAAUAAGGAUGGCACAACUUUACACACACAUAAACGACUGCUGACCUGUAGAAGAAUCCCUUUACUGCUGUAUCCAGUGUUGGAUGACUGACAAGAACAAGCAAAGACAACAUCGGACAGAAACAAGUAGCCAUUUACGUCUUGCACUGAAAAUCCUAUUGAUAUAAUGAUUACUCUAUUCUAUAUGUCCGUGGCGCUUCCGAUAAAAUCACAAACUGGUUGGUAAAUUGUAGUGUUAGCUGGCCUAACAGGAAACCUGCUGUCCCGUUCUGUCAUUGGUUCCUUGCCCCUGACGUCCUGCCCCAAGAGGCGGAGCUACCGCUCCCCCCUUCCCAAGAGCACACUGGAUUGGCUGGUUUGCACCUCAGGGGUGGGAACUGGAGGGUUAAAAGCCAUGAAUUUUCUUGAUGAACAUAUCAGCUGCCCUAUUAUAAACAAUGUACAGAUUUGCUAGUGAGUGAAGAACAUAUGGCAUGCUUAGGCAGUGUCGCAAACAGGUAAACUGGCAAACUUACAAGUUUACCAUGAGAAUAGUGCACCAAAAACAGCUAUCUUAAUAUUUCAACAAGCAGGAAAUCCCAGCUUCCUAAUUUCAUGAGCUAUGAGUUGUGACUUUUUAGAGAAACAGAUGUUGUGUUUUAUUAUCAAACACUCUGAAGUGAUGAGGUCAGCAGUGACGUGACACUGGCCUGCUUUGAUUUCUAAGAUGGAAUCAAAGACCGUGUAUGAAGGAAACAUGGUUUAGUUGAAUUUGCUACCUCAGAUUUCAUUGGUCCUUACUUUUUUCACCUGAGCAAGCACCCAGAAUGCUUUUAUCUUGUACAUACAAGUUUGUCAAGUGAUACGUAAAUAUACAAGUUUGCCAGUUUACAAAGACCAGCCGAAUGCGCCAUUAUUCUAUGUACAGUACAAUAUGCAAACACUGGCAAGAAGAGAUGAGUGAGUGCGCUUAAAUCUUAUUAUAUGUGUGAUAAGUUCAGGUCCAGAGCUUCUUAUGUGUGUGUUUGUCCUUGUUUUUGUCUUUCUGUCUGCAGAGCAUGGCGCAGUAUGUUUGUUUCACACACUGUAGAGGGUCACUGUAUUCUGAUAUUUAGGACAAAUUUGUUUUCUUCUUGCCCCAAAGUGAUUUUUAAUGGCUUGUUUAAACAAGCAUGUGACAGAUUCAGUCUUUGGUUUUGAAUCUAGACAGCACAAAUUUAAAACCCUUUACAAUGUAGGUUCCAAGGUUACAAUGAGGUCAUCCAAGUACAUUUAAGAAUUUUAAAUACUACAGCAAUUGUAAACUCAAGAAGAAGAAAUAAUACAAUAGCACCACAUUUUUGGGAACACUUUACAUUAAGCAUUUAUUUUUUAGAAUUGUCUCUAACAGAUACAUGUCUGAUACCUGUCAUGAACUGUUAGCAGGCCACCAGCACACUACCACAGACACUGAUUACUUCACCACACCACCACUUUACUAAUAUUGUUAAAUAAGAAAUACGGCAUGUACAGAGGCCGACAUGCGCCAUUUGGUUUGGUAUUUAAACUAUCACACUGUACAGUUCAGGAUGAUGGCUGUUUACAUCAUAAGGGGUAAAGUUAGUUUAAGUUUUAUGUGAAUUUCCAAAAGUUAUCACUGCUCAGGUUUCAUUUGGCAUAGUGCAGAACUUGUAUUAGGUCUGCCUGCUAUAUGAUGUGGUACUUCAGUCAUCGUUUCUGACAAAUAAUACCUUUAUAAGAACAAGGGAAGGUAAUGUGUACAAGUGAUAUCAAAACUAAACUGAAAACAUCUUUGGUCCAAGCCUCCUAGAUAUUAUUAUUUCACAUCAGUGGAGAGUUGUACUCCAUCAAAGCAGUGCAGCACCUCACCUCACCAUCCACCAGAUAAAUUCAGCCUGUCAAAAAAAUGGAAAUUUAGUAGUGAAUGAUAUGAUUUCUUUUAUUUAUAAAUGUUCCUUUGACUUCAGCCCUACUGUAGCUGGUCAGUGAGUAGGAUGAAGAACACAAGAUUGUGAUGAGGGUUGGUUCCUUAGGAAUGAAAUAGUAUCAAGAGCAUUUUAUUCCUUGUAUAUUAAGAAUUACUGUAUAUGGAAAAAGGUCCCAGAACUAAGAUAUGAUGCUUGGAUUUUUUUUUUUUUUUCAUACAUUUCAAAAGGUGGUGAUGGAAGUGAAGGUGUAGUGGUGCCACUGAUAAGAAGGUGUAAGGGCAUAGUCUGGAGUUUACCCACAUACCUCAGGGCAGGUAGAAAUGUACAGAAUAAUAACAGGAGCAGGUGCAAUGAUAUCCCCUUACAGUGGAGCUGAACUGUAAUAACUCUGAGGUUUGUUUUUCUGCGUAAAUGGCAAUUUGCACAGAAUCUUCCAUUUUGAUCCUGUUUUUAGUUUCGAGUUCUUGUGAUGAAGGAAAAUUUUAAAAACCUAUGACAUCUUCAAAUUGUCUUCCCUGAAACAAAAUUAUACUGAAAGACCCUUUCCUGUAACACAAUGAGUCAUAACAGAGGAGGGAAAGCCUGUUGAAGUGCAAUAGUCCUUUAAACAGUUAAGACUUGUAGCAGCUUAACCACAUCCGUUAAUUUUUAGCACUUUAUUUUUUAGACAGUGCAGAUGUUUAAUAAAGACUCAGGAACGUGUUAUUGGUGUUAUGGAAUCCAUUUUCCUUGGUUUAAGAACUCAAAACCAACCAAUCAGAAAGAAAAGAGUAACAUCCUAAACCUUAAUUUUGGUGGAAUUCCCCUUUAGUGCAGAAUUGUGAAGAUUGUAUUUUGCUGCUUGCUGGUCUAAGCUAUUUAAUUUAUUUAUUUGGUUGUAGGAUUAUUUUGUUUGUCUGUGGAUUGUACCUGCUAUUUAUCACUUUGUCUUGGGUUAAUGAACAGUUCAUUUGGUGGAGAAAGGCUUUCUGUGUAAACAUGUCUCUUCCCAUGUUUCUGUGUUCUUUUGUUCAUAGUCCUAAAAUUUAUGUUCUUGCAACCACUCUUAGUAUUUAUUCAAUAUUUAUGGAUAGAAGUGCUCGGUGAGAGGUACACAUUAUUUGUAUAAUCAUUAUUAAUAACUGAUCGAUCCCCAAAUGCAGACAAAGCCACAUUCAGUACACAUUGUGCACGUGGCCUGUUUUUCCCACAGUCAUCGUCAGUGUCUUUAACCUGUGCAGUUGUUGGACUUUGUGGCCGUCUGUGCACAGCUGAUGUAAUGCUUUGUAAUGGUGCACUUUAGUAUCGAACCAAAGCAAGUGAAUGCUGAAAGAAAUGAUCAUUGGUAACAUGUUAAAUUCAUGUGUAAUCCAACUCUUUUAGGACAUUUGAGUCAAAAAAUGAAUGUUAACUGAAAGCUAUAAUUUGACUCAAAAUGAAUUUGUAAAUGCAGCUGGAUUAUCUCUGAUUUAAACUUUCAUCAAAAAGAUUUUUACAUUAACUUGAAGUGAAUUUUUGCAGCGUGAUCAGAAUGGUUUGAAUGACCUGAACCCAGACAACUACUGUUAAGGGGAGGGCGGUUAGUUCAGUGAAAUGUGAUCCUAAUUGCUAUCAGAUGUAUGGUGAUUCAACCCACUUUUCAGCAUUCUGCAGUUAAAAUGUAAGUGAAUGCAUCGUGGAUGUCCAAAGCUGAUAAGAUGACUUCGACCAAAUCUACUGAGAUCCUCUUACUACUAAACCCUAUUUGCUUGUCAUUGUGUUUUAUUUGGUUUAUUUCACUGACACACCCAUCAUCAUCACUUACUUUUCACCAGCAGUCCCUGCCUGUCGUCACCAGGAACAAGGUCCCAGUGAUAAAUUACACCUGACUACAAAUAUCCAGUAAACACAAAAUGAAGCUGGUUCUUAAGGUUCUUUACCAGUGAAUCUGUUUCUUUUUUUCUUUUCUUUCUUUUUUUUUAAUCUUAUUUUAUUUUAUUAUUUCUUACAGUUGCAGUGCUGAGGUACUGAUUUGCAGAAGUUGGCUCUCCUCGCCAUCUCACGUACUGUAGCGAGUGUUUUUGUUAGUGUUCAAUAACAGUCACCUAGUGGCCUGAACUGUAUAUUUACAUUCAGAACUAUGACCUCAAAACUAGAAUGUGGUUGUUGUCGACUCUUCUUCUUUGACCUUGUAUGUGACAGUACACCUUAGUGGAAUAUUCAAUGCUAGAGAAUACAUUUAUGUAAUGCACACUGCAUAUUAUAACAGUAGAGGGUGCACUUUGGAAAAAAAAUAUCCAACAGGGAAAUGGGUGUGUUUGUGAGGGUGGGGGUGGGUGGGUGUUUAAGGAGGUUAGAGUAGUUUUCCCCUUUGAAUAUUGACACAUACAAAUAUAAAAACUCAGCUACAAUCACAUCUGCACACUUACACACGCACACACGCACACACACCUCCCUUAAUGGCUCUUCCAUACUGCUGAGCUUUUUUCAGCUCUAUUCAACUUUCUAUGAGUUCCGACAGACUUGGGUCCUGUAUUUGUAGAUAUUUUGAGCACUUGGGGAGGGGGGGGUUUGGUACCGUUUACACAACACUGGAUCUGCUGUCACUCCUUGCCUGUACAUACCAACUUCUACUACUUGUAAAGGAAUCAAAACUCUUUGGCACUCGUAUAGCCAGCACUAUGCAGAAACUGAAAAAUUUCUUUGGCAUGCUUUGAAAUGCAGAAUACUAUAGAGGAAAAUAUACUAAAUAAAUAAAGUCUGCUCUAAUUUCUUAUUAAAAUAAUCACCUUAUUGGAAAAAAAAGACGUUGAUAAAGCUGUCCAUGGUUAAAAUGGAUAUGAUGAUGGUGAGGGUGAUUAGAGGUGAUGAGGGUGAUGAAGUUAAAAACUUUUAAUAUUGUGCACAUUUUUACUUGCAUGCUGCACUGAAAAUCAUCCAGCAAUGAGAGGUUUUUAACGUGCAAAGCAGCUGAUUUUUGCUGUAUGCUUGCAAACUGUGUGUAGAGUGAAACACUGAAUUCUUCCGGGUUACGGGAGAGUCAUAUUUAUAUAUACAUAUAUAUACAUACUACUUCCAGGUUAUGGAAGAGAGGGGUACUGAAUAGCUGCAAAUAUAGUGAUCCUAGAUGAUACAAUAUUAUAUUGUAUAUUUGUAUCUUUGGUUGCAAACCACUGUAAUGGAAUGAUGCAUGUGUGGCAGUCCUGGGCAGAACUAUUAAUUGUUUCCCAAAUAUCAAAGUACGCUUGAUUUACCUUAUCUGGGCUGUGUUUCCACUUCUGCCUUGGAAGUUAAAUCAAGUGCUCUUACAAUAUUACAAAUUCUGCUUUUGCCCAGCUGGGACGGGCUACACUCUGAAGAAUGGCUAUUCUCAACACAUCUGAGUUCAGUUUUGGACCACGUCUUACUUUCUUCUCAGUGCAUGGGGUGUUAAAAUCAACAAUAGCAAAUCUUUAACAUCUUUAACAAAAGUACUGAGUUAUGUGUGUCUCCAAAAGCCUCUCACAAAUGUUUUGAAAAUAGCUAAUCUCUUUAAUAGUGUAUACUCUAUGGCAGUCCCUGGAAUAUUGAGUUAACCUUAUAAUACUGGGCUGGCCAACGGAGUGCUUCUAGAAGCUCAUAAUACAUUAUUCAUAUCAAAUGUUGAAGAGGGUUAGAUGGGGAAAUGGUGAAGCUCCAGGUUCUGAUUGUGUGAUAGCAUUAUCAAUGGUUGAACUUUAUAAAAUUUCAAAAUAUUUCUUUCAAUAAACCUCUUU